CAGGCAAUAAUUAUGGAUGAAGAAGGAAGAGAUGAAGGUACCGAUGAUAUUAUAGAAUUCCCGCUACUGAAGCGACUAAGUAUAAUGGACUGUCCCACAGAGAAAUUCUUUUCAUAUACUCAUGGAAAGAAAGAGCUAAUAAUCAAUACUUCAGAAUCACAAGAUGUUUGUUCCGAUUCCUUCUUCAACCAAAAGGUUACAUUUCCCAAUUUAAGAGAAAUGGAGAUUACAAGCGCUCGGUGCAAAGACCUAUGGAACAAUCAAACUUCCACUAAUUCCUUUUGCAAAUUGGAAUCCCUUAAAUUGGAGGACUGCGACAAUCUCCAACAUAUUGCCCCAUCCCAAAUAUGGAAGAGGCUGCAGCGCUGUCUCAAGUUCCUAAAAGUGAGAUCAUGCCACUCAAUCGAGAUCAUAUACGAAAGUGAUGGGACAGUUACAAAGAGCAGUAAAUUGAGGAGCCUCAAUUUGAGAUCUUUGGAAAGCUUGAGGCACAUAUGGCCGUACGAUGGUCUCCCAAGCGUCCCAUUUCCAAAGUUCAGUUCCAUAUAUGUUCGGAGUUGCCCACUGGAAGUACUUUUCCCAGCCUUCACGGCGGAAUUUCUCGAGCAAAUCGAAAUGCUGGAGGUGCGGUGUUGUAAAAAUCUGGAGUUAACUGCUGGCUAUGGAGAAUGUGAAGAAGCCACCGAAACGACAAUCACCUUCUCCGGGGUUAACUAAGCUUUGCCUUGACAAUCU